CCGGGAUGACGGAGGCGGAAGCGGCUCGGGGAGGAUGUAGUGGCGCUGGCAGCGGCUGAGGCGCCGCGAUCUCCCCGCCCGUGCAGCCGGCCGGCCCCGCCAUGGAGGUUCAAGAUGCUGGGCAGGAGAUGGUGGCGUCUUCUGGCACACCAGGGUCAGGCAAAUCAAAGCUGGACACAUUGCCCAAAGAAGACCUCAUCAAGUUUGCAAAAAAGCAAAUGAUGCUUAUACAGAAAGUGAAGUCAAGAUGUGCAGAGCUGGAGAAAGAAAUUGAAGAACUCAGAUCUAAAGCAGCUACUGCAGGAGCUGAUGAUAUUAUUCAGGCUCUCACAGAAAGGCUGGAUAUGGUGCUUCUGGAAAAAGCUGAAAGUCAGCAGCAGUGCAUAGCUCUGAAAAAAGAAAAUGUUCAAAUAAAGCAAGAAGCAGAGGCUGCAGUGGCAAAAACAGAAGAAUUGCAGAAGCAACUGGAACAAUCAAGAAUUGACUCUCUGGAAGAAAUAAAAGUUCUGAAGAGUGAAUUAGCAAAUGCACAAUGCAAGCACAAUGAGGAUUUAAAAAAGCUGAAGAUGGAAUUAGAUGAACAAGUGAAGAAACAAAUGGAGCUGGUGGAGCAGGUUGAAUGUUACAAUGAUAGUCAAAAAGAAGUUAAAAGAUUACAAGAUGAUGUCCAAAGAAUUAAAUCUACUUAUGAGGAGCAAAUUUUGUGUCUUAACAAGCAGUUGGAAGCUUUGAAUGAAGACAAGAACAAAGAAGUGGCAAAUCUGCAAGAAACUAUUAAAAGCAACUCUCAGUGUUACCAGAAUGAAAUAAAAAAUCUGAAUGAGGAAGUUAAAAAAUUGAAAACUGCUCAUCAGGAAGAGGUGUCAGAACUAAUGCAUCAGAUUGAAAUAUCAUGUAGAGAAAAUGAAGAAAAGCAAAAUCAAAUAAAUCAGUUGCAGCAUAAUUUGGCAGAGAAAAAUGCCAAGGAUGAAAUGCAUGCUCAGGCUGACAAGCGUGAAUAUGACUUGGAGCAGCUGAGAGAAGUCUUACAUAAAAAUUUAGAAAACAAGAUAGAUGUUGCAGAUACACAAGAAGAACCUUGCGUAAAAGCAAAAAUGGAGGAAAAAGUUAGGUACCUGGAGCAUAGUUUAGAAGAACUCCAGUCCCAACAUAGUAUAUUAAAGGAUGAGUUGACUUAUAUGAGCAAUGUCAAGAUAAAACUGGAAGAGGAAAUCCAUCGUAUGAAGGAUGAGUACUUUCAUGAGAGGGAAGACUUGGAUUUUAAGAUAAAUGAAUUGCAGCUUACUAAAGAAGAUUACUGCUGUGUAAUUGAAAAACUAAAAUUGGAGCUUCAAGCAGCAGGACAGCACUAUGAAUCUGCUGCAAAAGAGCACAAAUUAGAGAUUCAGACUCUGAAAGAGCAGCACCAGAGAGAAAUUUCUGAACUAAAUGAAACUUUAUUAUCUGGUUCUGAAAAGGAACAGAUGGCAUUAGUUUUCGAAAUGCAGGAACUUAGAGAACAACUUGAAAAGGUAACUCAGGAGAAAGAAGAAGCAGUGUCCAAUUACAACGGCCUAAGAGAAACAAUGGAAACUCUACAGGCUGAGCUAGGUGAAUCUGCUGGAAAGAUCAGCCAGGAGUUUGAAUCAAUGAAACAACAGCAAGCUUCUGAUGUCAGUCAACUGCAACAGAAACUCCGAGCUGCUUUCAAUGAAAGGGAUGCUCUUCUUGAAAAUGUAAAUCGCCUCCAGGAAAAAGUAGAAAAAUUGUCAUCGUAUCAGUUAGAGACAGAAGAACUUAAAUGUAAAGUCAUUAGUCUUCAGGAGGACAAUAGUGCAAUGACAAGCUCUCUUGACCAAAAAGAGAUUACUGUAAAAAAACUGGAAGAGAAGAUCACUGCUCUUACUGAUCAAAACAGGGAUGUUUUAAAUGAUAUAAAAUGCUUGGGUGAAGAGAGAGAAACCCUUCAGGAAACAUGCAAACAAAAACAAGUUGAAAUUCAGGAACUUCAACAAGAAGUAGAUUGUGCUAACCAGCACAAUAAUGACCUGAAGAAAAAGGUAGAGGAAUUAACAGAGAGACUGAACAAAGCCUUAAUUUCUAAGGGUGAAAAUGCUCAAAUGCUAGAGCAAUUAGAAAAACAGAUUGAAUCUCUGGUGCAUGAUAAAGAACAGCUUUCAUCUGAAGUGCACACUCUCCAUGAGGAAAAUAAGAAACUCAUUCAGGAAAAAGGUGAAUUAAGUGAAGAGCUGGGAAAAACUACAUCUGAAAAAGAUAGUUUUUCAGUAUUGAAAGAGCAGUCUGAAAACUUAGAAAAGAAACUACAAAUGAUGACUGCAGAAAAAGACCAUAUAUCAACAUUACUUGAAAAUGAACAAGUGCACACAUCCCUUGUAAGAACUCAGCUGUACCACCUACUUGAGCAAGUGGGAUUCAGCAUUUCAGAUUCUAAUGAAGAAUAUGAUUCUCUUAACUUGUUAAAAAUUGCAGAUGAAUGCUUGUCAAAAAUUAAAGAAGAGCAGUCCCUUGCUCUGCAAAAGGAGGAGGAAGUAAUUAGGUUGCAGCGAGAAGUUGAGAGAUUAGAGGAAGAAAAUUCAGCUCAACGUAGAGAACAUAGAUCCCUGAUUCAGGAUUUUGAACAAGAAAAGAAUCUCUUGAGAGAAGAACUGGAAGGAGUGUUGUCUGAAAAAGAAGUGCUUCAACGUGAUAUCCAGGAGUUGAAAAAUGCCAGUGAAAAAACAAGGAUUGAAAAUCAAGAUCUUUUAGCUAAUACUGAAGAGAUGAGUCAAAAACUUGCUCUUUAUGAAAGUCAAAUACAAGAACAGCAAAAAGGAUCUGAAAAACAAGACGACUUAAAUUUCAUUCUGGAACAAAAGGAAACUGAGCUUAGAAAUGUGAAAGACGAACUGAGUUCUCUAAAGAAUUUAAUGGAAACAAUGACUGAGAAAACUGAUCAACAGUCUUCAGUGGCAGAGCUUCAAGAAAAAAUUGGGAUGCUCGAAAAAGAAUCUGCCGAAAAAGGAGAGAAGCUAAAUAAAAUUAAAGUGGUUGCUGUGAAAGCAAAGAAAGAAUUAGAUGCCAGCCGAAAAGAGAUGCAGACUCUGAAGGAAGAGUUGGACUUGGUUCGAUCAGAAAAAGAUCAAUUGUCUGCUUCAAUGAAAGAUGUAAUUCAAGGAGCUGAAAGCUAUAAGAAUCUUUUGAUGGAAUAUGACAAGCAAGGAGAGCAGCUGGAUUUUGAAAAAGGCAGAGCAAAUAAUCUUGAACGUCAGGUAGAGGACCUCACAAGACAGCUACAGGUGUCAUCCGAGCAGCAUGAUCAGUUACGCUCUGCUAAUGAAGACCUCCUGGCUCGUGUUGAAACAGUGCAAAAUAAUGCUAAGCUGCUGGAAACUCAGAUACUGGAGAUACAAAGAGCCAAAGCAAAGGCUGACAAAGAACUAGAAGCUGAAAAGCUUCUAAGAGAGCAGAAAACAAAGGAACAUAGUGGUGCUCUCCGAGAAAUGGAGGAGCUUCAGAUGCAACUUCAGAAGGAAAAGAAACAUCUGCAGAAAACUAUGCAAGAACUAGAGCUGGCCAGAAAGGAUGCUCAAAAGAGUACACUGAUGGAUAUGGAAAUAGCUGAUUAUGAAAGGCUAGUAAAAGAACUUAAUCAGAAGAUUACUGAUAAAGACAGCAGAAUAGAAGACCUUGAGCAAGAAACAGGGAUUCAGAAACAGAAACAAGAGACCCUACAGGAAGAAAUAAAGUCACUUCAGUCAACUAUGCAGCAGGAUGAGGAAAGAAAUGCCAAGAUAAAACAACUCCUGGUGAAAACCAAAAAAGAAUUGGCUGAUUCAAAACAAGCUGAAAAUGACCAUCUAAUGUUGCAGGCAUCAUUGAAAGGGGAACUGGAAGCCAGUCAACAGCAAGUGGAAGCCUAUAAGAUUCAAGUGGCUGUACUGACAUCAGAAAAGCAUAAAGUUCAGGAACAGCUACGAACAUCUUCGGAGCAGCACCAGCGUACAAUGAGUGCUUGCCAGCAAAAAAUUGCAGCCCUGCAAGAAGAGUGCCGAGCAGCCCAGGCUGAACAAGCAUCUGUUACAUCUGAAUUUGAGAGCUACAAAGUCCGUGUUCAUAAUGUUCUAAAACAGCAAAAGAAUAAAUGUACUGCUCGGACAGAAUCUGAAGGAGCCAAACAAGAAAGGGAACAGCUGGAAAUGGUGAUAGAUCAACUUAAAGUUAAGCUGCAAGAUGCUCAGCAUAAUUCACAGAUGAAUGCAUCUGAACUCCAGGCAUUGCAGUCUGAACACGACACCCUGCUGGAAAGACACAAUAAGAUGCUGCAAGAGACUGUUGCAAAAGAAGCAGAACUCCGUGAAAAACUCUGCACAAUACAGUCUGAGAACAUGGUCAUCAAAGCAGAGCACGCCCAGGCUCUGGGUCAGCUGACAGCCCAGAAUGAAGCUCUCCGGAACAACUUCAGAGAUCAGGUCAGGAACCUGCAAGAAGAGCACAGGAAGACAGUAGAGACACUUCAGCAGCAACUCUCCAGAGUAGAAGCUCAGCUCUUCCAACUCAAGAGUGAACCAAGCACUAGAGGUCCAGCUGUUUCAAAUCCGGCAACAAAGAGCUUGAGAGAGCGGCGGAGCACUGACCUUCCUGUGCUCGAUGUGCACUCUGUGGCUAGGGAGGAGGGAGAAGGUAUGGAAACAACAGACACGGAGUCUGUGUCCUCAGCCAGCACCUAUGUUCAAUCCUUGGAGCAACUGCUGAACUCACCAGAAGCAAAGCCUGAACCAUCUCAGUGGCAAGCAGAUCUCACCAAGGAUGAACUGAUUCAGAAACUAAACACAACAACUAAGAGCGCUGAUCACUUGAAUGAAUUACUUCGUGAAUCAGAAGCAACCAAUGCAAUCCUAAUGGAACAAAUAAAGCUUCUUAAGAAUGAAAUAAGAAGAUUGGAAAGAAAUCAAGAGAGAGAAAAGUCUGUGGCUAAUCUAGAAUACUUGAAGAACGUUCUAUUGCAGUUCAUAUUUCUGAAAUCAGGAAGUGAGAAGGAACGGCUGCUCCCAGUAAUAGACACCAUGUUGCAACUCAGCCCUGAAGAGAAGGGGAAGCUGGUAGCAAUUGCCCAAGGUGAAGAAGAGAGUACCUCACGGCCUUCUGGGUGGGCUUCGUACCUCCACAGCUGGUCAGGACUUCGAUAAAACAGUGGAAAUACUGAAUCUUUAAAAACAUUCCACAACUGCAAAACUGAGAAAUCUUACUGUAGAUCUGUUGGUGUUGUAGUGUUGAACUACAGGGUUUUAUUUUUGUGGGUUUUUUUCAGCUUUUUAGGCUCCACCAAGAAAGAAGCCUGCAGUAGCUCUGAAAGAUGGUCCUAUGUUAUGCUCUGGCAGCAGUGAACUAUUUUUCUUGUAAAUAUUAAAGCUGAUAAUAAGAACUAUGAGAAGUGAAAAAUUCAUUGCAAAUAGCUUGGAAACAGAAUUUGUCAACCUGUGAUAACUCUUUUGAUAUCAGUUUAAAAGUUUGACCUUAUAUUAACUGGAAUAACUAGAGUUUAGAUUUUAAGCAUUUAAAAGUGUUUACAGUUGCUUUCACAUAUCACUGUCAGCUAGCUAAUCUAUAUGGUUAGUGUUACUCUCUGCACAUUUAAGAAAUUUCCUCUCUUGUGAUGGCUACAAUAGGUAAGAUAAUUAAGAAACAGAAAGGGCAUUUUCUGCUUUAAAGUUGUUGUCUUUCUUAAAUUAUUUUGCUUUUGCAAAACAUGAAGGCAACAGUUCACAAAAUGUAGAGGGUGCAAAUCUGUAUGAAAUGCAGUGCUUGUCACACCUGGGCAUGGUACUGUAGUAGAGAUUAAUGGCAUCUAUGGAAGCCUUAGGAUAGUACUCCAAGACUCAGAGGUCCUAAGUGAGUUGAGGGGCUUUGUGAGAAAGAGCUUAAACUAGGGCUUUUUAAUCUGAGGUUGGAAGCUUGUGGAAAAGACCAGGAAGAAAUGUUCCAUUACUGUAACAAUGUCUCUAAAUGCAUGACAAGACUGCUCGUACUGACUUAGUCAUAGUGAAGACACUAAAGAAUGAAUCUGAGCCCACAGGUCAGACUCCUAACAUUAACUUCUGAGAGAAAAGAAUGAAGCUUUUGUCAAUAGAUGCAUUUUCUAAAUGUUCUAAUGAGUGAAGAUCUUAUUCUCUCCAUUACCUGUGUGUGUGUGUGUGUACAAUGUUUGCGCAGAUAUUUGCACAGAUGAGAUGGUCUCUGUUCCAGGUUACUCAACAGAAUGUUAUAGGUUUUUCCCCAGAAAAAUAAAUUUCUACCAUCUCUUCUUCUAUUAUCAACACAGCACCUCUUUUUAUCUUCAGUUGUCUUCUCCCUUAUACAGUCCAUAAUGCCUUUCACCAUCUUAAUUUAUUUGGAAGGUUUUAAAAAGCAUACGCAUGUGUUUGAAUCCUGCUUAUGUUUAAACCAGAGUCCUUCUGUCUUUUUCACUCAUAUUUUCCUAUUCUCUGUGUUGUUUUACAGAGAGUCUUUCCCUGGUACCCAUACAGAUACUGAAUAGGGUUCUUCCUUUCCUAUCUACCUUAGCUCUGAGGAAAUGAUGCUUUUCCUUUAAUAUUGCCUUAUUUCAGGCUGAGAUUAAUCUGAACAUAUGAACAGCAGAAUGGCAACAUAUUGAGAAUAAACUAUUCUGUAAGUUUGCCUUUGGUUUAAUUUUUUGCUUGUUGUAUCUAUUUCAGUACACAAUCAACAAAGCCAGCAGGCUUUAUUUAGGUAUUUUAAUUCCUUUUCACUGUCUUAGGCACUUCUAUUUUCUUCCCCUCCAAUAUAUAUUUUAACUGGAACCUUUAUGGUUUGUGCUACUGGGGAAAACAUCCUCUGGGAGCUUUCAGAACACAGAACUGAUCAACAGUAGUGUGAAGGACAAGUCUUUUAGGUGUCUGUAGGUAGCAAACAGAAGGCUGUGUUUAGACUUUCUUGCAUUUGCCUUUGGAAUGAUUUGGACCAGAUCUCAGAUGCUGGAUUCCAACUCCUUAUUCACCUGGAUUUGGUUAAUGUUAUUCAGAAAAAUGCCAAAGCAGCAAUAGGAGAGAUUGGAAACGUAUAAAAAUAAGUGCUAGUCAUCCUGCUGUGAUUUUAACAACGGAAGCACAUGAGUAGAAGGGUAUGGCUUUGUCUCACUUAGAUCACACUCUGUUUGCUGCUGACCUGAUUUCUGCUAUUGCUUAAGAGCUGUGACAAGUUCCUCUUAAAAUGCACAUAUUUCAGAACUGUAAAUUAUUGAACAUUGUAAGCUGUGAAUAAAGGUGUGCAAGUAACAUAUAUCACUGGCUGUAUGAAAUACCAGUUGCUUAUUGACUUCUUUCAAGUCUGAGUUGCAUGCUCACUGUUUUUAGUAAAACUUGAGUACCGUACUUAUGAAUGGGGUGAACAACUUGCAUUAAUAUAUUUUUUUUACAAUGAAAGAUAGAGAUCUUAAUUAAUGUAAAAAUAUUUUAAUAACUGUCACUAAACUGUUUUCUGUUGUUAAGAUUGCCAGAACUUACCUAUGUGGCAAUAAACUGACUAUAAGAAAAUAAAGUUUAACAGACACUUGAGCAAAUGGCAUAGAAGAACAUGAACUGGAAACAGGAUUAUUUUGCAUAGAGAACUUUUUAUAUGUCAUAUAUUUGCAUUUUAAUGUACAGCAUUGUAGCUGUGAUUUGCUUUCAAAAAGCAGUUUAAGGUUUUAACUAGUACUGCUACUUCUUGUGAUACUAUGAUGCUCUUUUUUGGAAGAGCACUGUGCUGACUUUGCUUUCUGGUUCUUUUUGUUUUCUUUACAGUGCCACAUCUAUUAGAAUGUUUCACAGAAAAUAUCACCCUUACACAAAAUGUUCAUAAGCUUAGGACCAAUUUUUAUCUUUUAACAGCCUGCCUUCAGCCUAAGCAUAAGGAAGCAAUAAUAAUAAUAAUAAUAAUAAUAAUAAUAAUAAUAAUAGUAAUUCUGCUGUCACUAUACAGGUUAUAUAUUAAGCAAAAAGCAAAAAUGAGAGUGAUUCAGUGUUACCAGACCUGCACUGUGGCUGAAUUUUCAGCUAUCUAAUGCUGACUUAGAAAUGGGUUAUCUGUCUUUCAUUUUCCCUUUACCCAGAAGGGAGACUCAUCUGUGCAAGCAAAAGUGCUCCAGCUGAAAGACAGGAAGAUCAGAACUUGUCAGGCUGUUGUAUAGAUAUGGCCAGUUGAAUCCGGGGUUCAGGAUGGCCAAAGGGAACCAUGUUAGAAAUUAUACACAGGAGAGUAAGGUUGCUUUUUUUCUUUCAUGACCCUCCUUCCCCAAAGUAGAACUGUGAGGUUACACGGUUAUAUUAUUUUCUAAAUUUAAAUUCUCCUUCGUCCAUCUCCCUCCAUCUAUUUGUUGUGAUAAGAGAUGAUAUAUUAUGAAAUUGUGGAGGAAUGCCUAAAAAUUCUCCUUACUUUGUACUAAGUGACUUUGAAGCCAGUUUAAACAUAUAUGCUUCAUUUGGCUUAUGCCUUAGCUUCACCCAGUGCACCAAUACUUCCUAAACUAUCUGCUAGUUCUACUAUUGUUGGUACUGUGAAAAUAUCCCUUUAGAAGCCUUGCAAAUACCAGUCACCACUCACAAGCUGAGAAACCAAAUGUAUGAAGAGAUAAAAAUAUAUUUGCUGUAGUAAUUUCAGAAUUGCUAGACUGAUAGAUAAGUAUUUUGUUUGGAAAUACGUUUCUGGUGGCCUUUUCAUGUGGCCAUCACAUCAAUAAAAUUCACCUUUAUGCAACAGAGUGACUUUUUUUUCCAUGAAUGCUUGUUCUUACCUGAGAAAAUGCUACUCAGGUGCAAGGUAGAAAACAAGAACUGUCUACCAUUGUAUUGAAGAGAUUUUAUGGAUCUGGUGUAGUAUCCAGAGCCUCUACUUUGGAAGGCAACUACAGCAAUGGAUUCUUCUGGGUGAACAGAAGAGAAAUUGGUUUGUUCUAGGGUUUAAAAAAAAAUUUUAAAGCUCAUUUAAAUGACUUCAAAUGUAUUACUAGAUUGUCACCAGCAAUCUGACAAUAUUAGAUGUGAAGGAGAGGAGGGUUGCAGAAGCUGCUAAUGACCUUAUUAGCAGGAUUGCAUUUAGUGUGUUUGAGUACUAACUACCUUAUAAAUCAGCACGCAUUUCUAAUUGCACUCAGCUUUGAAAUGGCCAUAAUUACCUCUUCUCUAAUAGGCUGUGAUAAUUUUUCUUAAUCUGCAUAAUUGUCCUAGUGCAAAGAUUACAUGCUAAGUGGAUGAAGAGGUGCUUGGUUUGAUUUAAGCAAGAGUUUGGUGUGUUUAUUUUCUUGCCAACAAUUUUUCUUAGACCAUGCUUAUUACAGAAAUAUGUGGUCAGAGAUGGGAUCAUAAGCUGUGCAAAGAAGACAUAAUAAGUGGAUAUAAGGGUCAAAAAAGAGAGCCUGGUACUGCCAGUCAACUUCUAACAGCUUUCACAUGAGUUUAUAUAUGCUAUGGGGAAGGGAAAUAAUAAUCUCACUACUUUUUAAAUGAAUUUGGUUAAAAUUUAUCAUAUGGUUGUGAAAGGAUGAGAAGAUCUAUCUUAGAUUCAGGUGUUUCCUUCCUUUCCUUCCUGUCCUGUGUUUCUCAGGCUCAUUCUGAAGAUUCAGGCUGGAUUGAAUAGUGAAGACUGAGAAUAGUAAAACAAGUAUGGAAAUGAACAUCAGUUACUGCUCCAACAAAUCAGCAUGCCUUGGUAUUGGCAAUUUUUUUUUUCACUGUCAGUUGAAUGCCUAAAGGCUUCUUAAGAAUCCAAGGUAAAUGUAAUGAGUGUCAAAACUAGUGUUCUCUUUUGGGUGUGGGCACAGUCCCAGUCCUCCCACAGCAGCCUUUGAAAGUGUUUUAAAUUGAUAGACACAUGAUAGCAGCUGUGUACGAGCAUAGGAUUUAAGUGGGGUUUAUUGUUUCAUUGCCUGAAAAUCGAAGCUUGUUCUGAGAACACUCAGACUGUUUCCUGAGGGGAGGUACAUACUAGCUCUUGGCUCUCUUGCCCUUUGCAGCAUGCAGAGCAUCUCAAAAAUAAAAAGCAUAGAAACCAUUAUAGAGUUUCAGAAAAAGGCUUUUACGCAAAUGCUGUUUUACUGUUAUUACUCCCCUUUGUGGAGUUAAGUUGCUGAUGCUCAGCAUUACUCUUGCCAAGGGAGAAGGCCAAUCGCAUCAUUUUGGCUUCAGCAUCCACUUCUUUAUACAGAGUAGUUAAUGCUCCUCUCACAUCUAGUCCCAGCACUGGCUUAAACCUGCAGCUGUAGCAGUCCAGGUGAAGCUGCCCACCUUUGCAAGGGGACAGGUGGGUGGUCCCUCUGCUCCAGGGGCAUGGGCUACAGCCUCUGCAAGGAGGAUAAAAGCAGAUGGUGGGGAUAAAAACCCUAAACAGCUCCUGCUGUUGACGUGGCAGCUCUCUGUCCCUGCCCUGACUACCCACCAGCCUUUCUCUUGGAAACUGGUUAAACCAGUUGAUUGCAGUGGUGGGGGAUAGUGGAUAUCUUGCAGGAAGAGAUUUUCAGAAAACGUAGAAAAGCUAAGGAUAGGUUUUGUAACAUUCUGGGAAAGAUGGGAAUUGCAGUGACAAAAAGUCUGAAGUAGAAAAAUUACACACUUUUACUAUAAAAAAUGUGAGAGUAAUACCAUGAACUCCAAGAGUCAUUAUUUCUUAAAGUACCUGUUUUGUGGUGCUGCCGUAAGUUUUUUCUUUAGCCUUUACUGUGUCUGCACAAGUGCUGAUCAUGUCAUGAAGCAGAAAUUUAUGCUGCUAAAUAUGGACAUUUAUUGAUCAAUUUUGCAGAAAUUUUAGAUUGAUCAAUAAAAUUUAUGUCCUUGGUUUUUGCAGUCUCCUUCCCUCUUCCAAGAAAAAAUGAUGCUGAAUAUACUAGGUGUGUCUAAAAUGCAUGAAGCAGAAAUCUGACUGCUUUUAUAUGGAUGUCAGAAUGAUCAGUAAAAUGUCUUCCAGUAUUCUGAUCAAACUACAUAUUGUUUUUAAUAAUAGCAAUGUUUUUUAGAGAUAUCAAAUAGUGGUCAAAAUUUAUUUAUUCAAUUGAUUAGUGGAGUUAAUAAUGUUGAGCAAAAAUGUGAAACCUAAAUAAUUUUUCACCUCUUAAUUCAUUAACAGCUUUGCUGAAAUAUUUAGCUAGACACAUGUUCAAAAGUUAUUCCUACUUACAUUUCCUUCACUGUUGCUUUAGCUUCAUAGCUUUGGAGGUGUGACAUGAACACCGACACAGCUUACAAUUUAAAUCCAUUGAUUAUAUUAAGGUGAACAACCAUAAGGCUGCUCUGCUAGCAGGCUCUCAGAGUCAGAAUAGGCUUAGAUUGGAUAUUAGAAAGAAAUUCUUUACUCCGAGGGUGGUGAGGCCCUGGAACAGUUGCCCAGAGAAGCUGUGGAUGUCCCAUCCCUUGAAGUAUUCAAAGCCAGGUUGGAUGAGUAACCUGGUCUAGUGCAAGACAUCCCUGUUUGUGUUUAAGGUCCCUGAUGUUUCAACCCAAACCAUUCUAUGAAUCUACCAUCUGCAGUUGCGUGAAGAAAGCAAAAGCUUGAGCAAAUACCACAGUUAGAAGUUACUUACUCAGGUCUCUUCAUACAACUCUGGUAAAAUCAUAAAAGUAAAGUAGUCUGGAAAUAGAACAUCAUAUGCCUACUUAAAACUGCAUUUUACUCUGGUCUUAAAGGGAGAGAUGAGAGUAAAAAAAAAAAAAAAAAAAAAAAAAAAAAAAAAAAGCAUUAAUUUUGUGAUUAAUAUGCUGGUCUGGAGACAUGGAGUCCAAAUUCCCUGUUUUGCCACACACUUCCUUUGUGAAUUUAAUUUCAGAGUCUCUGUCUCUAUUUCCUGACUUGCCUGCUGGGGAUAAUGGCACUUCUGUACCUGAUGCCAAGUGCAUUAGCAGCAGAAUGUUAAACUUUGUGAUGGGUUUGUAAGCUGAAAUAAGUAGGCAGAUUACCAUAUUUUCUUUAAACUCCAUAGGAAGAAAAUUGUCAUAGUCUGCAUUAUACUGGAAUGGAAGGAAUGAUCUCCUUACGAGUCUGUGGUGUGUGUUUUGUGAAUCCUAUUAAAUUACUUGCUUAAGUA